UUGGCUCAAACAUGCUAUAAAUUGGUACCUCCAUUGGAUGCAAAUCGGCAUAACAUAGUAGCUACCGACAACUUACUGCGUAAAACUAAAAGUUGUUUUGUGCAAUAUUCCAAUGGAUUCAAACACAUCCGGCUUUUUUCACUCAGUUUAUUACCAAGCCAAGGAAGAUGAUGGCUUCAUUGAUCUGGGUCUUAGCCUGAGAACUCUGCAACCUGAGGCUUAUCAUCCUUCAGGAAAUCUGGAAAGCCUUGAGGGAUAUGAUGAACUCCUAGGUUGGCCCCCAGCUAACCUGAACUUGAAAAGUUCUGACACUUUGAAUCCAAGAAGUAUAACUGAAGAUUGUGAUGAAGAGGCCGAUGGAGUCCAAAGCAAAGAAAGGUGGGCUUUUGUGAAAGUUAACAUGGAUGGGAUUGUAGUUGGCCGGAAAAUUUGCAUACUUGAUCAUGGUGGGUACGCUAGCCUAGCACUUCAGCUAGAAGAAAUGUUUGGUAGGCAAUCGGCAUCCGGGUUAAGGUUGUUCCAGGCUGGCUCAGAAUUCUCACUGUUCUAUAAGGAUAGAGAGGAGAACUGGAGAGCUGUUGGUGAUGUGCCAUGGAAGGAAUUUGUGGAAUGUGUGAAGCGGCUGAGGAUUGCACAAAAGAAUGUAGCUCUUCUUCCAGGUUCAUCAAAAUUUACCUAAGUAUUCCUCAUCAGCUCAUCGCCUCUUCCCACUCUCUGGUUUUGAAGCAUCUCUGAGUUAGAAGUAGAUUAAGUUAAACAACUUUUCAAGAAAAAGUAUUUCAAAAUAAUUUUGGCCCUCACAACUUCUGAGUAAAUUGCAUAUGGAAUCCUAAUGAGUGUUUGUUUUGCUGGGCCUCUUGAGUACUAAAUUGUAAAUGCUAGUAAGGCUAUUUGGGAUCAACUUUCAACUAUCUUAAGACAUGUUCUGCUCAAGCUCUUUGGUACAUGGAAUUGUUGGAAAAGCA